GAGGAAUGCAGACCAAGGAAGGUACCGUCUCUGUGUCGUCAGAGCAAAUAUCUGCCUGCUUGCAAAAUCCCACCCCAAGGACUAUUUAUACGGGCUACUUCGUGGUUUUGUACUCCGUAGUCGCAGGCAUUAAAUUCCCCGGCCUUAAAUCCUAAAAUACAGCCCCAAGAGCGUAGCCAUUCCACUGUCGAGGCGGUCCGGCCCCAUUGGGUGUGUACCUAGGUGACUAAAACGGGCAGGCACCAGUGGUACCCGGGUGCCCCAGACCCGCAGAGACCCGCAUCUUAGAGCCGCACCGCUCUCUUCCAUUGUUCUCCCUGAACAUCGCAUACUCCCCCCCCCAUACAUCCCAACAAUUCAACGUCGACAACCCUCCUCUUCCCGGCGAACCUGACUCUGAUUCUACCAUCAUGGCUAACGACGAAUACGACUUCCUCUUCAAAGUGGUGCUGAUUGGAGACUCUGGUGUCGGAAAGUCCAAUCUGCUGAGUCGAUUCACCCGCAAUGAGUUCAACCUAGAUUCAAAGUCCACCAUCGGCGUCGAGUUUGCAACGAGAUCAAUCCAGGUGGACUCCAAGACCAUCAAGGCGCAAAUCUGGGAUACGGCGGGCCAGGAGCGGUAUCGCGCCAUCACAUCUGCCUAUUACCGCGGUGCUGUCGGCGCCCUCCUGGUCUACGACAUUAGCAAGCAUCAAACAUACGAGAACGUCACCCGGUGGUUGAAAGAGCUUCGAGAUCAUGCCGAUGCCAAUAUUGUCAUCAUGUUGGUUGGCAACAAGAGCGAUUUGCGGCACCUGCGCGCCGUGCCGACUGAGGAGGCUAAGGCCUUUGCAAGCGAGAACCAUCUGUCCUUCAUCGAGACCUCGGCUCUCGACGCUAGCAACGUCGAACUUGCAUUCCAGAACAUCUUGACCGAAAUCUAUCGCAUCGUAUCAAGCAAAGCCUUGGACAGUGGCGACGGCGCCCAGGCUACAAUCGGCGCCGGCACAAACAUCUCCCUGAGCAAGGCAGCAGACGACGACAAGAUGGCCGCUGUCUACAAGUCGCUCUCCAAGUCGAGUGGGCCCAAGGCCGAGUCCUCGAGCGAGGGACCCAAGAAGAACAAACAGCGAGUUUUGAUCCUCUCCUCAAGAGGCAUCACUUAUAAGCAUCGUCAUUUGAUGCAAGACUUAGCUGCUAUGCUACCACAUUCCCGCCGAGACGUCAAAUUUGACUCGAAAUCGAAACUUUUCCUGCUCAACGAGCUCGCCGAACUUCACAACUGCAAUAACGUGUUUUUCUUCGAAGCGAGGAAAGGCAAGGACCUUUAUGCUUGGCUAAGCAAGGUCCCGAACGGCCCUACCGUCAAGAUGCACAUUCAGAAUGCUCACACCAUGGAUGAGCUUAACUUCACCGGGAACUGCCUGAAGGGUUCACGGCCCAUCCUGUCAUUCGACUCGGCCUUCGAGAAGGAGCCAUAUCUUAAAGUCAUCAAGCAGCUAUUCCUCCACAUGUUCGGCGUGCCUCAAGGAGCCCGGAAAUCCAAGCCAUUUGUCGAUCAUGUUAUGGGAUUCACGUUUGUAGACGGCAAGAUAUGGAUCCGGAACUACCAGAUAAACGAGGUUGAGAAGAUUGCAGCAGACGACGAGGCUGGCGAGGAGUCGAGCCGAACUACUCGGACGUCAAAGGGAGGCAACAAGGACACUGAUGUCAACCUAGUCGAAAUCGGGCCUCGUUUCGUUGCCACUCCUGUGUUGAUCCAGGAGGGCUCCUUUGGUGGGCCCAUCAUCUACGAGAACAGGGAGUUUGUAUCGCCUAACCAGGUCAGGGCGGAUCUUCGGAGGAACAAGGCUGGACGGCACAAUGCGAGGGCGGAGAGGCAGAUGGAGAGAUUGGCAAAGAAGGGGGAUCUCGGGUUAAGAACGAACGGCCCAAGGAGAGGAGGCGACGAGUUGGAUACCCGCAAACUUUUCGCAUAAGCGGCAAAAAGCGAGAGAUCAGAGGUGGUUUUUCUCGUGUCGCGGUAUCCGCUUUUUGUUUGGACUUGGGGGAAACCAAUCUGGCCUAUUCGCCUCUCUUCCGAGUGUAUGAAAUGGUUCCAGUGGACUUCUUGUUCGGCGUUCAUAGGAGAUCUCAAAAAUAGACCGCGCUUCUGAUUUG